AUCUUUUAGCGCUCUCUGACCAGCCGGUUGUUGUUUUCUUCAGUCAGCUGAUUAGGAGUUUGUCUUAGAGUUUUCGUCAAUUAUUCGCGAAUAUGGCUUCUCUGCGCUGUGCAACGAGACUCGCUUCUGUAUACAAACGAGGCAUUGGGGCCGGCUUUGGUGUGGCCUCCCACCAGCUUGCUCCAGCAUGGGGUGCUGCGGCAACACAAGUAAGGCUGAUGAGUGCCCUCAGUCCAGAGUUCGAGUCGGCAAAGGCCAGGCUUGGGACUCUGUCGGAAGACCCAGGCAACGAGGCCAAGCUGAAGAUCUAUGCUCUGUUCAAGCAAGCCACUGUUGGGGCUGUGAAUACCAAGAGGCCGGGCAUGAUGGACUUCGUGGGCAGGGCAAAGUGGGAUGCCUGGAAUAGCCUCGGCAAUAUGAGCCAGGAGGAAGCACAGAAGAACUACAUCAACUUUGUGAAUUCUCUGGCUGGGGCCGAGGAAGAGCAAGCCAAAGCACAAGCUGAAUCGGGUCAGAAAUAUAAGAACUUGCUAGUAACAUGCGAGAAUGGAUUGAGGACCAUCACCCUAAACCGCCCAGCCAAGAUGAACGCUAUCACGGUCGAGAUGUACGAGGAAUGGAUUGCGGCCCUGAAAGAAGCUGCAGAAGACCCAGCCACGGUCAUCACAGUGACAACAGGAGCAGGCAACUACUACUGCUCAGGCAAUGACCUCUCCAACUUUGCCAACAUUUCUCCAGAGAACAUGCAUGAACACUCGAAAAAUGCAGGAGUUUUGCUCAACAGGUUCGUGUCGGUUCAUCUCGAUUUCCCAAAGCCUCUCAUCGCAGUCAUCAAUGGCCAUGCUAUUGGUGUGUCAGUUACAGUCUUGGGACUAUAUGAUGCCGUCUAUGCCACAGACAAGGCGACUUUCAACACACCAUUUAGUAACCUCGGCCAGUCUCCUGAAGGGUGCUCAUCCUAUACCUUCCCCAAGAUCAUGGGCCCUGGCAAGGCAAAUGAAUUGCUGCUCUUCAACAAGAAGAUUACUGCCCACCAGGCUUGCGACUUAGGGCUGGUUACGGAGGUGUUCCCUGAUGCUAGCCUGCAACAGGAGAUCUGGCCUAGAUUGCAGGCCUAUGCAAAACUGCCUGUCAAGUCUUUGGUUUAUUCAAAGGCCUUGACACGUGAUAUCGAAAAGGAUUUGCUCCACAAGGUGAAUGACAUGGAAUGCGACCGGCUGGUUGAGCGCUGGACCUCAGAUGAUUGCAUUAAGGCCAUCAUGAACUUCUUCAGCCGCAAGAAGUAAAUCAGUUGAUUCCGAACACUUGCUUUCCACUAGUGCUGUGGUUUCCUUUUUCAUAUGAUUAUUUGUUUGUUUAUAUUUUUAUUUUUGUAUAUCUAAAUGAUGGAAAUAUCUUCACUGGUAUGUAUAUAUGCAGUGGAUGUGAAAAAUCAUGUAGUUUUGAAUUGAAUGUUAUUACUAUUAUUGUUAUUUUCAUUAUCAUUAUCCCUUUUCUGUAUUUCUAUUUAUUUUAUUUUUUCUGAAAGUACAAUUUGAAAAUUACCUCUUCAGACUAAGGUUAAGUUAUAAGAACAAUAUCAGAAAUUCUGUAUGUAUAUAUUUUCCCGGUGCUUUUUAAAAAGUUAUCAUAAUUUUUAGCAAUGUAGUUAUUGAACAGUCAUUAUUGUUAUUAUUGACUUACCAGCAAAUGUGCCUAUUCUUCCGACUUUCUGUACCAAAUUAUGAUUAUUAAUGUAUAUCCACACAUCUUAAAAUGAUAAAAGAAUCUUUGUUAUUGGUAUAGGUCAAUAUAAAAACUGAGUGAAAGAAAUCUGAGAACCUUUUAAAAAUGCAGAAGGAAGCAUUAUUAGAAAUCUUAUUUUAAAACACUCAUGUUAUAUAAGGAAAAAAGUUAAUAAUCUUAUCAGAAUAGAAGCUUUUUUGCAUUUAUAGAAGGGAGAUGUGCAGUAUUAAAAGUCAUAUUAUAUAUUUAUUCUGCUUUACAUUUAGUCACAAUAAAAUCCAGCUUAGAGAAAUUAAAUAUAUCCUAAGAUAUAGAUGAAAUAUUUUAAACUACUUUAUUUGUAUGGCAUGUACCUUUUCACAGGCAAUUAUCAAUGCAACUUCUUGUUAAAGCAAAUAUCAAUGCAAUUAAGUGUAAAUAAACCUCUUAAUAACAAUAUAUAUUUUGGCAAAUGUUCGUA